AUGGAGAGGGAAUAGAAUGUUGAGAAUAAUGGGACUAGUUUCAGUUUAGUGAAAGAUUGUAUAUAAUCUAAGGAUAUUUAAGUUUUGAGAAAAAGGGGUCAAAGAGGACCUACGUUGAUAAUGAAAGCAUAAGAUGGUUAAAAGAUGGGAGGCGGGAUACAAUUAUAACAUUCUGGUAGUCAAAACAAUAUUCAAAAUUAGAGUAACAGAAAUUUACCACCUAUUGUUGUUUAUUAGGCAGAAGAGAGUGUUCAUUCUAAUAAUUUAAAGGAUGAUUCAUUUUUUGAUAAAAAUUAAACGAAUCUUCUUCAUGAUCUAUCAUAAAAAUUAAGAAGAGAUCUCUAUAUUGAAAUAUUAGAUGAAGCACCAGAUUAUGAAAUUGAAAUUGAAAAAAUAUAAUUUGAUGAAGAUGAACAAUUUCAAAGUGAAGAUUUAUAGUUAGAAAAAACUAAAUUCUAUUUAGAUUUCAAACAUAAUUAAAAAGAACUCGCAUAAGAAUUCAUGGAUUAGAAAGAGGGUAUAAAUAUAGUAUUUAUGCUUUCUCUACAUUUCAUUUAGUUCAUAUCGAAGACUGUUACACUAUUGUAUUUGUAAGAUUAAUAGAAUUGGGUUCUAGUAUUUGUAAUUCGAUUUAUAGUUUCCAUCUUGUUAUUGACUUUGGCUAUUUUACAACACAAAAAGUUAAAGCAUAGAUUUUAUAAAUAUUAAUACUUUUUAAUAACUUACUUUGGCAUAUUAAUUAGUAUUCUUGUAGAAUUCCUUUUGAUGCCUGAGAAGUCAGUGGAGUUAUAAGCAGCAGAAGGAAUUCUAUUAAUUUGUUUCUUCUGCUCACUUUCAAUUAUCAAGAUUAAAUACAAGGUUUAUUUUAAUCUUUGUCUUUUUAUCGCAUAAUUAUUAAUAGUAUUGAU